CGAUAUUUAUGAGGGUUCCCUGUGGCUGUUUUCUAGUAAUCUAAUCUCAAAUACUCUUUUGUCUGGGAGUCUCUUUUGUUAAGUUCUGACCGAAAUACCACAUCUACUAUAUUCAUUGUUUGGAUCCACUCCCUGAAUUCCAUGUUUAAGGGCCUUCAGUGUUUCUUCCCAACACGUCACUAAAAGUAUAGUAUAGUUUCUGACAACGUAAGAUAAAUUCUAGUCACAAUUUUAGGUACCGUAUCCAUGAGGGGUUUCUAAUAUUUUGCCUCUCACGUGUAGUAAUGUCACGCAAGCAAAACAUUGAAUAGGACCCUUCUAUACAAAACUAUGUAUAUACUAAAUCAUCCAUUUUUUGAACUGCUUAUCCUCUUGAGGGUUGCGGGAUGCUGAAUUAUAUAACCGGCAAAAUAAUAAACAUUGUUUUUAACUGGUCAUUCAAAGCUGAGAUUGAAAUGGGAAGAAUUGUCACGAGACUUAAUGAGACCUUUUGAAAUCAACUGAACACAUACCUGACCUUUUUAUCCUCUAGGAUUUGUAGCUACCAUUGUGUCAUAUUUAAUGUUAAAAUGUAAUGUCAGUCAUGUUGUUAUUCAACAUCAGGGGGGAAAAAAAAAAAAAAGUCAGCCUUACCUGAACGUCCCCACAAGCUUGUCACGCCAAAGAGCAAUAGUCUUCCUGUUCGGUGAGUGUUUGUUCAGGAGCGGCUCAGCUGGUUCCCUUGGCAGUGCAGGAAACUGUAUGUAAAUACAGGUAGAGGCUCCACCUCUUUGAGUUUUGCUCUGAAAGGGAGAGGCUGGAAGUACGAGGGGGGGGGGGGGGGGGGAAGCAGCAAAAGAUGCUCUGACAUCUAGCGGCUGAGCAAGGAAGGAAUGAACCCAGCGAUGGCCUCAGAGGACACUCUAGUGUGAAUUCACUGGGCAAAGUUGGCAUGGAAAAAAAGGGCGGGAGGGAGGUGGAGGUCAGAAAACAAGUAUGAGUUUGUCCAAUUUGCACGCCUCUAUCCACAACACCCCUCCUCCUCAUCCCUCCGUCCUGUUUACCUAGCUACUUGAAAGCUUUCAAAGGACUCCUGUGUUAGGUGGUAAGCAAGGGGGGAUGAGGUGGGGAGCGAGCACAAAUAAGUACAAAUAGAGGGCACCAUCACAACAUCUCCUACCAAAGUUGAAGAUCAGAAGUGGGUACAGUCAUGCUUUGCAAAAUCUUUCUCUUCCUCUCACUUUGGUUUUUGUUGCCAAACUCUGAUGCAGGAAGACAGAUGCCGAAACUUUCAGCUCGAAAACGCUGCGCUGACUCGGAAUGUAGCUAUGCUAUCCUGAUAGCUCGUGCCAUUCAGGACUAUAACCCCGCGGACUGCAGGUUCAUCUCCAUCAGACAGGGGCAGCUUGUUUACGUCUACGCUAUGCUACAGGACACUGGCAACCUCUUCUGGGCAGGCAGUGUUCAGGAUUCCUAUUAUGGAGGACAGGAGGCUCGUAUUGGUCACUUUCCCAGCACUGUGGUGGAGGAGGUUCAAGCUCUUGAGCCAGCCAACACAGAAGUCAAGACGACUAAAUGGGACUUUUACUGUAACUGAAAUGGAAUCCAUCAGAGGUGAAUACGUUUGUUUAUAUGACAAGAUUAUACAGCAGCCAUCAUUCGGUACACCUGCAGAAUUGGGGUAAUUCGCAUUGUUGUGGAGACACUGCCUCAUUAAAUGUAGGAUAUAUAUUGAAAAUAAAUUUUGAAUAUACGCUAAUGCAUUGCAACUGGUAAAAAAGCAAAAUAGCGUCAAAUACGGGCUCAGUAUUUGGCAAACAGUAGACAAUGAUUGCCUUUCUUAUAUAGCACUUUAUGGCAUGUUAUGCAACAUCUAAAAAAAAAUUCUCAUUUCGUAUUGUGGGUUAGGUUUUGAUGUCUACACCAAUAAUAAUAAACAUCACUUUGUC